ACAACAUAACGUACAGCGUCAGUCACGUCGGUUUUAGGGCCAAACGCACAUUUGUCAGAUACCACAGAUUUAUAGAUUUAAUUUGAAGUUUAAAUUCAUUCCGAGUGAAAAGCGAGCUGGGAGUGUUUAAUAUGGGUUUAGAAGCCUGGUACAUGGACGGUUCGGACGAGGACCAGAGGAAGCCCCACAGGCUGAACCCGAAUCAGCCCGUUACCCUGGACGAGUUGAAGAAACUCGGAGUUUUCUACUGGAAAUUGAAUGCUGAUAUCUAUGAAUCAGAUCCAGAACUGGAGAAGAUCCGAAAAGACCAAGGCUACUCCUAUAUGGACAUUAUUACCAUUAAAAGGGACAGUCUACCCAACUAUGAGGAAAAGCUGAAGAUGUUCUAUGAGGAGCAUUUACACUUGGAUGAUGAGAUCCGUUAUAUCCUUGACGGGCAGGCCUACUUUGAUAUCCGGGACAAGGAGGACCAAUGGAUCCGGAUCGCCAUGGAAAAGGGAGACUUGAUCACCUUGCCGGCUGGAAUCUACCACCGCUUCACCCUGGAUGAGACGGACUACACCAAAGCCAUGCGGCUGUUCGUAGGGGAGCCGGUGUGGAAGGCCUACAACCGGCCGGCCGAUGACUUCGACAUCCGGCAUAAUUAUGUGGCUUCGCUGCAGGGAUCCCGAGAGUGAGCAGAUUCCCUCCGACUAAUACGCGGAAAUCACCUCCUCCAGUGGGUUCAUGAGAAGACUGAUGAGGAGAACGGACAGCUUAUGAACACAGAUUUUUCGUGGUGAUGAAUUAAAUCUUCUCCUGAAAGUUGAGGUGCACCGAUUGGAUUUUUCUGGCUUAUCACCGAUCUUUAAAAAGCCUGACCUCAGAUUUUGGGUGAUACAGAUUAUUAUUAUUUUUUUUAUAACUGACACUGGUGGUGUUAUAAGGUCACAAUUCACCUUUCAAAGUUCUAAUCUUAUUUUAUUGAAAAACACUGAACAAUACCCGUGAAACAAUACUAUUUUAACUGCACGAGGUAGUGCUUUAAAAUAUAAGUAUCACCAGAGGGGUCUGAAAAAUCGGUGGGAUGACUAUUGUUAACCUCGCACGUGCAGACGUGACCGGGUCGGCGGGCCUGUAAGUCAGCCCUCUCUCAUGGGAGAGCAAAAGGGGACAGUGGCUGAUUUCCAGACCUUUGCAGAGGUAGAUAAGAUCAGUUUCAUAUGUAAGUAUCGGCUGAUCGUGAUCACAUAAAAUUAAGAAAAUCAAGCUGAUCGAUCAGUGCACCCCUACUUGGAAGGCCUGAGAUUACUGACAAUUGUGCUUUAUAGUUUAAAACAUAAGAUGAUGCUUUUUAAGAGCUCACUUAUUAGCUUUUUUAGAUACUCUCUUUGCUUUUGAUUUUAAUAACUCUUCAUGAAUAUUUUAGGUCUAGGAGUUUGAAAUAAUUUUACUAAAAGCAUUCUUUCUUUCACUAAAAAUAAGAUGAGUGCCUUCACUUAUAAUAAAUAAACUGAGUCUAAUUUCCAAUUCCACACUCAGAAAAAAAGAUGUUUAUGACAGAUCAACAUAUGUUUUUAAUUGGAAAUAAAUCUGCUGCUAAUAA